GCAUAUAUAAAAAACCCUCCAUGAUGCACCGUCACCACCACCACCGCCGAUUCCAACAAGUUAUAACCAGUAGCCGCCGUCACUACGCCACCAAAUACAUAGCCAAAAUAACCUCAACUUCCCCAAGCGGCCGCUCCCUCUCCGCCGAAGUCUCCGUUCCCGCCGUUGCCACCGAUUCACGUGGCUACCCAAUCCCACGCCACCAGCUUAUCUGCAAAGUGACACACAUCCUCACCAAAUCCCAAUCCGAUCCUUUCGCCGUUCUCUCACAGUAUCUUUCGUCCCUCUCCCCAACCCUUACCACCAAUGAAGCUUCCCUCAUUCUCAAAUCCCUAAACUGCCCAUCCCUCGCCUUGAAAUUCUUCCACUUUUGCCCCUCCCUUUCCCCAAAUUUCCGCCACGACCCCUUCACUUAUUCCCGCCUCUUCCUCAUUCUGUCCAAAUCUUUGCGCCCCGAUCGCUUCGACACCGUGAGAUCACUCCUCGAUGACAUGGAGAUGUCCGGAAUACGUGGAAACAUCUCCACCGUCAACAUCCUUAUAGGGCUUUUCGGGAACACUGAGGAUUUGGACAUGUGUUUCGGGUUAAUUAAGAAAUGGGAGUUGAAGAUGAAUGCUUACACUUAUAAGUGCUUGGUUCAAGCUUACUUAAGGUCGCGUGACUCUGGGAAUGCGUUUUCGGUUUACGGGGAGAUGAGAAGGAACGGUUAUAAAUUAGAUGUUUUUGGCUAUAACAUGUUGUUGAAUGCUUUGGCAAAGGAUGAAAAGAUAGACCAGGCAUACUUGGUUUUUGAAGACAUGAAACGAAAGCAUUGUGAGCUGGAUGAGUAUACAUACACAAUUAUGAUCAGAUUGAAUGGAAAACUUGGUAGAUGUGAUGAAUCACUGAAGUUUUUUGAUGAAAUGAUGUCAAAGGGCUGUUCUCUUAAUUUGAUUGUCUAUAAUACUGUGAUUCAGGCACUAGCCAAUGGACGGAUGGUUGACAAGGUAAUUAGCCUCUUCUAUGAAAUGGUGGAGAAGGGUUGUCGGCCCAAUGAAUUUACAUACACUGUCAUUUUAAAUGUUUUGGUUGCGGAAGGUCAGCUUAGUAAACUAGAUGAAGUUAUUGAAGCAUCAAAGAAAUAUAUUACUAAGUCAAUAUAUGCAUAUCUGGUAAGGACACUUAGUAAGCUGGGUCAUGCAAGUGAGGCUCACCGGCUAUUUUGCAAUAUGUGGUACAGCCACAAUGAGGGGGAUAAGGAUGCGCACGUUUCUAUGUUGGAGAGCCUUUGUAGUGCAGGUAAAACAGUUGAGGCUAUGGACCUGCUAAGUAAGAUCAAGGAAAAGGGAAUCGACACUGAUACGCUCAUGUAUAACACAGUAUUUUUGACACUUGGUAGGUUCAAGCAAAUUUCUCAUCUUGAUGACCUUUAUGAAAAGAUGAAACAGCAAGGCCCCUCACCUGAUAUAUUUACAUACAAUAUACUAAUCUCUAGCUUUGGAAGGGCUGGGAAAGUUGAUGAGGCUAUCAAAAUCUUUGAAGAACUUGAGAAAAGCAAUUGUAAACCUGAUAUUGUAUCUUAUAAUUCUUUGAUCAAUUGCCUUGGAAAAAAUGGUAAUGUCGAUGAAGCUCACAUGAGAUUUAAGGAGAUGCAAGAGAAAGGAUUAAAUCCAGAUGUUGUAACUUACAGCACACUCAUUGAGUGCUUUGGCAAAACAGAUAAAGUUGAGAUGGCUUGCUCAUUAUUUGAUGAAAUGUCUGCUGAAGGUUGUUACCCUAACAUUGUGACAUAUAACAUUUUACUCGACUGUCUUGAGAGAAGCGGAAGGACCGCAGAAGCUGUAGAUCUCUAUACAAAACUUAAACAGCAGGGGUUGACACCUGAUUCAAUUACAUACACAGUGCUAGAACGGCUGCAAAGUGGUCCACAGAAGAAAUUCAGGGUCCGUAGGCAAAACCCAAUCACUGGUUGGGUUGUUAGCCCUUUGAGAUGAUGGAAGACUAGAAAGGUUACAUGCAAAUUUGACCAUUUUUGCAGUUAACUAGUUUGAAUAUUUUGAACUGAAUGUAUCCCUUGAUAUACUUAAAAAGCUGAUACAGGGUGGUUAUGGAACAAGGGUAGAGUAGUUUCAGGUAGGUCGUGUUUAACUGGCUGAUUGGAGAGGCUUUUGAAAGAGAGGUAUCUUGUUCCAAUGCUUUUUAUUUUUA